AUGAAGUGCAAAUGGGUUUCUCUCGCAGUAUUGAGUGGCCUUAUUUAUACAGUCAAGGUAGUACAUGCAUCUGCAAAUGCAUUCGAUCCAAAAGAUACAGGCGAAAUAGAAUAUAAUGAAGCUAAACGAAUAUUGGGGGGACUUGAGGAAACAUCCUCUGGUGCAAACAAAAAUAAUGGAAUUAGAAUCGGCGAAUAUGGUCUUGAGAUUCCACAGUUCAACCCAUUGACUUCAAACUACGAAACAGAACAAGUUUAUAAUGUGACCCAUCUGGAACUUGCCGAAGCAAUCUCAUUGCUUGAAAAAGCAGCACUGCGAAAUAGUGUUGAUGCACUACGAACACUUGGUGAUUUGAAUAUAUUUGGCAACUUUUCACAUCCAACAAAUUAUCAAUUGGCGAAAAAGUACUAUGAAAAAGCUAUUCAAGUAGCGCCUGAUGGACAUGCAUAUUUUAUGCUUGGUUUUAUCUAUUCAACUGGAUUGUUUGGUGAGUUUGAAGUAAAUCAGCACAAGGCCAACUUGUAUUAUCAAUUUGCAAUGGAGAAUGGAGAUACAAAUGCAUUACUUGUAUUGGCUUAUCGACAUUUGAAAGGCAUUGAAGUUCCCGCCAAUUGUGAAAUGGCACUACCUUUGUAUGCGAAAUUAGCCAAUAUGGGUAUCGAAUGGGUGCAAAACCGGUUUUUGCGAGGUGUGGAUUACAACAUUCGGAUAUCAGAUUUUAACGGCGGUUUGUUUGGAGAGAAAUUAAGUGAGACGUCAUCUUCCAUAGAAAUCAGAUCAAAAUUAUUUGCCGAUUUGAAGCAAACUUUCGAAGAGCAUAAAUUUAAUGCUGAUGAACAUGAGUACGUUACACUCUAUUACACAGGAAUGGAGCAUUUAAAAGGAGAUUAUUUUGAAGAUCGAAAUCUUACAAGGGCCUUUCAUGAAUUUCAAAAAUGUGUCGAAUUGGGAGACGAGAUUUAUGGCGCAAACGACUACAGAAACAUGGAGCCAAUUGAUCGAAUAUAUCUUAGUUCUUGUCAGCUAAAUUUGGGUAGAAUGUACCUACACGGACUUUCUGUUCCACGAGAUGUUUAUCAAGCAGAAAAGUUUUUUAACUUGUCUACACUAAUCCAAGGCAACGCUGAUGCAUACAAUGACUUGGGAGUAAUUGAGGAAAAUGGCUAUCUCCGAGAAUCAAACAUUUCACGCGCUAUCGAAUAUUAUGCUGCUGCUAUCAAUAAGAAAUCACCUGAAGCUAAUAAGAAUUUGGCUAAGCUAUUGAUGAAGGUAUAUGGCGAAAACCCAGCGUCGGAUGAUCAAAAACGCGAGAUUUACAAGUACAUGAAGGAUGCUACUUAUUUGGGUAAUACACAGGCACUCUACUACAUGGGCCAAUUUAUGGAGACUGGAUUAGCAGCAGCCGUUGACCCAGACCUGAAAAUAUCUUGCUCAAGAAUGGUCAAAUAUUAUGCCGAGUUUGUAAGACGGUUGUCGGCAUUUUAUGCUCCGCAUCUCAAGUAUAGCUUUGAGCAGUUGGUGUGUGGGCAAUACAAGAAUGCCCUUGUUGGUUAUCUGAUUGCUGCUGAGCAAGGUUUUGAGCCUGCGCAAGUUUCAGCUGCAUAUUUGCUAUAUCAACUACAACCGUUGUCGAAUGCUAAAAAGCAGUUCACGACUGAUCGGGUUCGCACUGCCGUGAAGUAUUUGGAUAGAGCUUCAAAACAGGGCAAUGUUGACGCUACAAUAUUAAUUGGAGAUAUACUUGCUGGUGUUGAUUCGAAGGCACAUGCAGAAAUAGAUAAAGAAAGAUCAUUUAAUUACUAUAAACUAGCGGCAGAUAGACACUCAUCACAUGGAGCUUACAAGUUGGGAGAAAUGUAUGAGAAUGGCCUUGUACCUGGUGACAAUACCACAGACUACUAUCUUGCCAAACGUUACUACGACCAAAGCCUUCAACUUCGUGAAAAAAUGGACCUUGAAAGACAUCUAUCUGGAUCAAAAAUAUCCCUUAGCAAAGCACAUAUAAACUGGGCUUUACUUCGGUUAAGGUUCAAGUACUUAUUCAACCGAAAGGCAUUCAAGACACAUGACAAUGGUACGAGUAAAGAUGGGUGGUUAAGUGCUUUUAAGAAGAUUGGCAGAAAAUCAUCAAACGAUAUUCUCGACCACGGAGGGGAGCGUGGACAACAUCAACAUCAACAACAGCAACAACAACAACAACGACAACAAGACUCGAUGUCACGAGCAGAUGCACAACACAUGGGCGGUGCCCGUGAUGGUGAGCACGAUUACGUGGAAAAUUAUGAUAUCGGCGAUUACUUGGUGAUUGUAUUGACGUUUGCAUUUUUUUCAUUCUUUUUUAUACGAAAUAUGUUUGGGCAUUGGCAACAGAUGCGCAACGGCCAAGUGCCCAUAGAUCAAAAUAGAAAUAGACAAGACGGUGGACAAGACGGUGGACAGGAUGGAUUCAAUUGGAACGGUAAUCAAAUAGCAUUUAGAAGAGGUAACUUUGAAGUACAGUUCUUUGCCCUAUAA